AUGACGGGAUUGCCAGCUUGGCCUUCCGGCGAGAUCCCAGAGGUUCAUCAUGGACGCAAAUGGUGCAAAAAAAAAGGUCAGACGUCCCAUUACAGCUCCUAUCAUCUCUUAUAUAUUGCUAGUGGCACAGAUACAAAUAAGAAAAGAGGACAACGCAGAAGACAGUGCCUGCGAAGUGAAUGUUUGAAUUGUAUUUAUCUAUAUCAAAUCCCCGUGUUUUUCAAACAAAUCACAUUUAAAACCUAUCAAUUUUCAGAAAACGACACUACAGGUGCAAACGCAGUAGAGGACGACGACAGUGAUUCAGACCUUCCCCUGGGGCAUCGUUCACGCUAUAACACGGCAGACGGGGCAGAUAACAGAUGCCUAGCAGAAGUUUCACCGGGAACAAGACUAUUCCAACUAAGAAACAGGAGACGCAGAAACGCAGCACUCUAUGGAGUAGCCGAUGAUAUGAUGCGCCGUUCUCGAGAGGAGCACAAUGUCCAGGUUUCCCAAUGGCGAACGGACAGAGAGAUGCUGUGCAGUUGGAAGGCUGAUGAGAACAAGAUUCAGAGGGAAUUCUUGGAUCACACUAAAAUGGAGAGUGAGAAGUUUGCCGAGGCCUGGAAACAGAACAUUUCGGUGAUGUCUGAUGCUGUGAACACUUUGAAGUCAUUGGGACAGAUGCUCGCCCAACAGCGUCAAAUCAUCCCCCCAACACACGAUUAUGGGCAAACCGCCCUACCUGCCUCACAGGCCACCCCGAAGAAGGCAGCAGCGAGGCGUUCCUGUGUUGGCAAAGCCAGGGAGAGGCUGACGCUUUGAGGAGCUAUGUUCUGCGUUGCCCUCCUUAUUUGCCACAUAUCAUGGUUUUUGGCA